UAGGGGGCAAAGAGCGAGAGCAGAGAGGAGCAAAACAGUAUAUGUGAAUUGAGUCGGUUUUAGUCCUUCGAACAUCGACUCCUCCUGCUCCAAACCUUUUUUUUCCCAGGGACGAACUUUGUAAACUUUCAUCUCCACAAUAUGGCGACUCUGGCGGAUUCUUUUCUUGCCGACCUUGAUGACUUAUCUGACAAUGAAGAAGAAAUUGUUGAUGAAGAUAAUGCUGAUGUUGGAAACAUGGAAGAAGAUAUUGAUGGAGACUUGGCAGACAUAGAAACUCUUAAUUAUGAUGAUUUGGACAGUGUUUCAAAAUUGCUUAACUCACAAAGAUAUACCGAUAUAAUGCAGAAAGUGGAAGAGGCACUUCAGAAGGGUUCUGAUGAAUCAAACCAGGGAGUGGUACUAGAAGAUGAUCCCGAAUAUCAGCUGAUAGUGGACUGUAAUUCAUUGUCUGUUGAUAUUGAAAAUGAGAUUGUUAUAAUUCAUAAUUUUAUUCGUGACAAGUACCGGCUGAAAUUCCCAGAGCUUGAAUCGCUUGUGCAUCAUCCAAUUGACUAUGCUCGAGUUGUCAAGAAGAUUGGGAAUGAAAUGGAUCUCACCCUAGUUGAUCUAGAGGGGCUUUUGCCUUCAGCAAUUAUCAUGGUGGUGUCUGUUACAGCAUCUACAACAAGUGGCAAGCCACUUCCAGAGGAAGUCCUUCAGAAGACAAUUGAUGCUUGCGAUCGAGCCCUUUCUCUUGAUUCUGCUAAGAAAAAGGUUCUUGAUUUUGUAGAAAGUAGAAUGGGAUAUAUUGCUCCAAAUCUGUCUGCUAUUGUUGGGAGUGCUGUUGCAGCUAAACUUAUGGGGACUGCUGGUGGUCUGUCAUCAUUGGCAAAGAUGCCUUCUUGUAAUGUUCAGCUUCUUGGUGCGAAGAAAAAAAAUCUUGCUGGGUUCUCUACUGCAACAUCACAAUUCCGUAUAGGUUAUAUCGAGCAGACAGAAAUAUUUCAAACCACACCCCCUCCAUUGAAAAUGCGUGCGAGCCGACUCCUAGCUUCAAAGGCAACUCUUGCAGCACGAGUAGAUUCCAUAAGAGGAGAUCCAUCUGGGAACACUGGGAGGGUUCUACGGGAAGAGAUCCGUAAGAAAAUUGAGAAAUGGCAAGAGCCCCCUCCUGCAAAGCAACCUAAACCACUUCCAGUACCUGACUCUGAACCUAAAAAGAAGAGAGGUGGUCGUCGAUUGAGGAAGAUGAAGGAAAGAUAUGCAAUAACAGACAUGCGGAAGCUGGCCAAUCGGAUGCAAUUUGGCAUUCCUGAAGAGAGUUCCUUGGGUGAUGGACUUGGGGAAGGUUAUGGAAUGCUUGGUCAGGCUGGAAGUGGCAAGCUGCGUGUGUCAAUUGGUCAGAACAAACUUGCUGCCAAAGUUGCUAAGAAGUUCAAAGAAAAGCAAUAUGGAAGUAGUGGUGCUACAUCUGGACUCACUUCAAGUUUAGCAUUUACACCCGUGCAGGGCAUUGAGCUUGCGAAUCCACAGGCACACCAGCUUGGCAGUGGAACACAAAGCACCUAUUUUUCAGAAAUAGGAACAUUUUCAAAGAUCAAGAGGACCUGAACCAUGUAGGGGAUGUGUCACAUUCACUCGCAUGAGCCAUGGCCACAUUGGGUGAGUGACAAAGUGGUAUGGGGUUUAAGUCCCUUGAAUGUGAAAAAGUCACUUCAUGAUUUUGCAGAGUUAAUUGUGAUUAUAUAUAGCAUUAAUAAUCAUGCCUGGACACUGUUUUGAUAAUAUUAUCCAGUUUGAGCUUGGGCUUUACUGCAGUGUACACUGCUCUGAUUAUUAUUGUUUACUGAAAUUUGUAUUUCGUUUUUGAAAUGAUAAAAAAAGAAAAGAAAAGAAGUGUUAGAGAAGGUGAUAAAUUCUUCCUCUCAUUCAGUUACAA